AUGUUUGACACAUACAGCGCUGAGCAAUCCGAAAUUGUCACCACAAAUAGAUCAGCUGAUGCCACUAUCGAUACUUACAGGGACGCCAUGAAGAAGAGUUAUGAUGAUAAGUUUGCUGUUCUGAGGAGCAUGGGUGAGGAAUGCAUCUAUGAGGAUGAGCUCCGCCUCCUGCUGAAAAAGAAGGCUGCUCCUGUUUGCUAUGUUUGGUUUGAGCCAUCCCCUAUGAUGGACAUAGAGCAGGGGAUUAUGAAGACAGUUUAUGUAAACAAGAUGCUCAAAGCUGGCUGCACAGUUAAAAUAUUGAUGGCAGAUUGGUUUCUGCAAAGACACCAUAUGAUUGGCACCGACCUAAAGAAAAUACGGACCAUUGGUUGCUACAAUAUUGAGAUGUGGAAAGCAGCUGGUAUGGACCUUGACAGAGUAGAACUUGUAUGGUUGUCAGACGAGUUGAAUCAUCAUGCUGUUGAUUACUGGCCACUUGCGGUGGAAAUUUCCAGAAAAUACACCAUGAAAAGUAUGGCAAGGUUUUGUUGGAACAAGGCACCAUAUGGGCCACAAAGACUGCCUGCUGCCGAGAUAUUUUAUCCUUGCAUGCAGGUUGCUGCUAUAUUAUGCCAUAAGGCGGACAUGUGGCUCUUCAGCAUGGAUCAUCGUGACAUUACCAUGCUAGCUAGAGAUUACUGUGAAGAUAUAAAUAGGGAAACCAAACCAGCAAUUAUGCUGCACAAUAUGCUACCUAUUUUACUAGAAGACCCUGAAUUCCAGGACUUGAGAGAUCCAGAUCGGACUAUCUUCAUGCACGAUAACGAGGAGGAUUUAAAUAGGAAAAUACUUUGGUCUUUCUGCCCUCCAAAAAUAGCAACAUGUAACCCUUGUUUGGAGUACAUCAAAUAUGUUAUAUUCCCUUGGUUUGGAAAGUUGGCGAUAGUUCAUAAGGAAGGGAAUGGUUAUAACAGGACAUAUACAAACAUGGAACAACUUCUCCUUGAUUAUGAAAGUGGUGAUAUUGAUUCAACUGAUGUUAAACUGGCUUUUGAAAAGGCAAUGAAUAAAAUAUUAGAGCCUGUUCGCAGCCACUUCCGUGGCAACACCGAAGCCCAAGAUCUAUUUAUUGGCCGGAAGUUGCAGAAGCAAAUCACUGCAGAUACCUGGAAGAUUAUAUUGCAGAACGAAGAGGUUACAGCUCCUUCAGUACGUUGCAUCAUUCCUGUUCAAUGGAAUGCCCAAGGUGAGAAAUUUAGUACUUCCUCCGUCCCUAGCUUGCAAAAUGAUGUUAUAUUAUGGGACGGAGGGAGUAGUACACAAGAUCGGUCUACCUGA